AUGGAUUUGGUGGAUAUCAGAGAAGAUUUACAGCAAAAGGCAAAUAGGGAAACUGAUAGAGAUCAAGUUUUAUUACGAGAUUGGGUUGGUGUCUAUUCAAGGGAAUUACAGCUUCCAAGAUCCUCUCUCACAGAUAUCCAUGCUGCCAUCCUCGAUCUGCUUCGCGUAUGGCGUAGGUGUUUAAUUGGAAAAUAUAUAUAUGGAUUAUUUUUGGAUCGGGAUAGGAAAGUUGUAAUUGGGUUACGGAUUCAUACCAAGCAUUUUCAACAUCAUGAUUUCCUCUCUUUCUUCAGAGUGAGGAUUUGCAGGAUCAACCAGAUUAUUUGGUCUUUAAUGGGAUUUAUUCUAGGGUGA